GCAAGUUGCUGCACUAUAACAACAAGCUAAUGUACAUAAAUGUUUAUUCAAAGUUGUACUAAUUCUUCACCUUGUAGUAGUACAGAGAAGAUUAUAUUUCUGUCAAAACUGGAAAGACUACCAUGUAAGUGAUAUUUUCAUGGUAAAAGAUUUAGUGGUGAAAAAUGAAAAAUAUUUCUUUAAAUACAAUUUUGAUUUAUAUAAAAUUGCAGAAAUAAGGAAUUAAAAAUAUGCUUUAAUUACAGCAUUAUCUAAUUUAUUAUAGAAAAAAUUAAAAUGAAAUAUGUUUGGUAGACAUUUGUUUGUAUUUCGACGACAAAUUCGAUCAUACUGCAGAUACAUAGGUCAGAUACGAAUACGACUAAAAUUUCCAGCUUUAGCAAUUGUGUCUUACAGUGGUGCACCCUAUACAUCAAAUGUUUUCACGUACUACAGACAUUACAUAGUUGCAGCUGGUUUUUCACUGCCUUUAGCUUGUGGAGCCUUAUGUUAUUCUGCUCAGACUUACGAUGCAGAGCGUUUAUGUAGAGCUGCUGGUGAAGGAAACUUAGAAAAAGUUAAAAGUUUGCUUGACAAAGGAAUUGAUGUCAAUGAAAAACAUCCCUUGGGAUGGACUGCACUUCAUUCAGCAGCCAUGUCAGGAAGAGCAAGAACUGUAAAAUUUCUACUGCAGGCAGGUGCAGAUCCAAAUGCUUUGGAUGAAUUUAGCACAAUAUAUAAAGUUGCUUCUCGGAAGAGAAUGAGAGUUAUUGAAGUUCUACAGAUACGUGAACAGUGCUUUGGUGAACGAAUUAGUAAAAAUUCAGAUUUCACUGGAUUUACUCCCCUGCAUUAUGCUGCAUUAACAGAUGACUUUGAAAUAAUUAAAGUUUUGCUUGAUGGAGGUGCUGAUCCAACAAUAGUUGACAAGGCUGGCCACUUUGCAUAUGAAUAUGUAGGAAGAGAUUCUAAUAGAAGAUAUAUUCAAUCUUACAGCGAAAUUUUUUUAGAGAAAAAGAAAGCUCGUGAAUUAGAAGAACGUAAGAAAUAUCCUCUAGAGCAACGUUUUCGUGAAGUUAUGGUUGGACAAGAAGGUGCUAUAAAUGCUGUUGCAUCCGCAAUUAGACGGCGUGAAAAUGGAUGGGUUGAUGAAGAGCAUCCACUUGUUUUUUUAUUUUUGGGCUCUUCUGGUAUUGGUAAAACAGAAUUAGCAAAACAACUUGCAAAAUAUUUACAUAAAGACAUUAAAAAGGGGUUUAUCAGAUUGGAUAUGUCUGAGUACCAACAACAACAUGAGGUUGCAAAAUUAAUUGGUGCUCCACCAGGUUAUGUUGGCUUUGAUCAAGGUGGCCAACUUACAAAAAAAUUAAAAGAAUUUCCAAAAGCUGUUGUUCUUUUUGAUGAGGUUGAUAAAGCACAUCCUGAUGUGUUGACCGUUAUGUUGCAGUUAUUUGAUGAGGGUAGGUUAACUGAUGGCCAUGGCAAAACCAUUGAAUGCAAAGAUGCCAUCUUUGUUAUGACGUCCAAUCUGGCUAGUGAAGAUAUUGCACAGCAUGCUUUGGGAUUAAGACGUUUGACAAAACAAGUCUAUGAAAAAAAACAUAACAAGAUUGCCGAAGACAGUGAGGAAAAGAUCAUUCUAAGCCGCAACUUUAAGGAAAACAUAGUAUAUCCUAUUUUAAAGAGACAUUUUCGAAGAGAUGAAUUCCUUGGAAGAAUAAGUGAAUUUGUUUAUUUUCUUCCCUUCUCCAAAUCUGAAUUAAUGCAAUUGGUUGAUAAUGAGCUUAAAUUUUGGGCCAAAAGGGCUGAGAAAAAUCACCAAAUUGAUUUAACAUGGGAUAAAGAUGUGCUUGAAGUCCUUUCUGAUGGCUAUGAUGUUCACUAUGGUGCUAGGUCGAUUAAACACGAGGUUGAACGGCGUGUAGUCAAUCAAAUUGCUACUGCACAUGAACGUGAUUUCAUAAAGCACAAUAGCAAAAUUCAUCUUGUAGCUAGUUAUCCUGAUGCCAGCAAUGAUACUAUUAUGUCAACUCCUACAAUACAACUACAGGUGCACGAUGGGAAGAAUGUUCAAAAGCUGCUAAUGGAUAAUAUUUAUGAACCAGAUUCACCUAUUUAUUUUUAGUGUAAAUUGUAUUAAUGAAAAUAGUAAUGUAAACUUUUCCCUUCUUUGAUCAGGAUUGAAACUUUCUUUUUUUUCUAAA